GGCGUCAUCACACAGCUCCAGGAAGACGCGCGUCACACACGCCCCACAGCUCAUGGUUGCACUGCACUGGUUUGCACGACCGCUCUUCCGAACAUAGUUUAUACAGUUCCUCCCGGUUUGGUUUGUUGCACGCAGCGUUGCGCACGUCUGCAUGUGCGCCCGGGAAAAUAGUGUGUUGCGUUGACGGUCUCUCUUAUGCAAAACAGUCAGUCAUCAGACACCAUGUCGGACGCUUCUUCCACUUCGUCCACAGAUAACCACGGAGACGCGGGACUAAACGGUUCCUGGGUGGAGCUGGAGAUGAACAGGGGGUUGACCAGCCUCAGACAGUCGUCCCCUGAGGGCCCCCAGGCCUCAGGGCCCCUACUGCCCCUCCUGCCCCUCCUGCCCCUCCUGCCUCAGGUGGAGGAAGAGGAGGCCAUGGUGGGGGGCCUGGAGCACGUGCCCUCCUCCUCCUCCAUCCACAACGGAGACAUGGAGAAGAUCCUGCUGGACGCGCAGCACGAGUCCAGCCGCAGUAACUCCUCCUGUGAUAGCCCCCCCAGGCCACACACCCCUCAGGACGAAGGCCAGAUCAUCUUCGAUGUGGACGUUACCAGCCACAGAGGCAGCCAAUCAGAAGAAGAGGUGGUGGAUAAGGAGAGAGACAUGGACAUCCUGAUGAAGGACACAGACUGGGUCGCUGAUUGGUCGAGUCGACCAGAAAACAUUCCUCCAAAGGAGUUCAACUUCCGUCACCCACGGCGAGCAGGAACGCUCAGCAUGAGGAACACCGGGGCGAUGAAGAAGGGAGGCCUUUUCUCUUCUGAGUUCCUCAAAGUGUUCAUCCCUUCUCUGCUAAUAUCUCACAUCCUGGCACUCGGAUUGGGGGUGUACAUUGGGAAGCGGCUCACCACAACGGCCACCAGCUCCUUCUAGGAACACCUGAUCUGGAAGGGGGGGGGCUCUGUGGAGGAGGACGAGGUCAUGACCUCUCCCUCUCCCCUUCCUCCUAGCUCUCUUCCUUGACUCUCUCUCUCUCUCUCUCUCUCUCUCUCUCUCUCUCUCUCUCUCUCUCUCUCU